GCCCACCCAUCCAUGUGAUUGAGAACCCAGCAAAACAUUGCCAUAAAAAUCCAGAUUUUAUUUUUGGUAUAGUUCUGUAGUUUGCGAAGCACAUUAAUUAUUACUGCCUUUCAAAACGAAACAUUUCAGCGGUGGAAACGUUUUUGUGUUCUAACAAGAGCGUGUAGCAGGCAGCAAAAAUGUUUCGCAACGGCUUAAGAAAUCUAAGUGAAAUUGGACAAAAAAUUGCCAGCAGAGGUUUUCACACGACCGGAUUAAAUGAUCAACUUCAUCUUUUAAGUCGGCUGAGGGUGGUAGACAACAGUGAAAUAGGAAAGAGAGCCAUGGCAGAGGGCAAACCACCAAAAAUCUUUCACGUUUACAAUAAGACCGGCGUUGGAACGAUAGGAGACAAAGUGAUGGUGGCGAUAAAGGGCGAGAAAAAGAAGGGCAUCAUUGUGGGGUGCAAACAGACGCAGCAAGCGAUGGUGCCUAAGUUCGACAGCAACAACGUCGUCCUCAUUGACGACAACGGCUCACCGCUCGGCACUCGGAUACAUGUACCCAUUCCAAACCUUCUGCGAACCAUCCUGAGGAAGAAAACCAUCGCCAAAGGAGCCGACUACACCAAACUGCUCGCGAUUGCCACCAAAUUUGUCUGAUCAGUGCCCAAGACAAUAUGACACUUUUAGCCAAGUUUAGUGUUUAAUAUAUAU